AUGUUUUAUGAUGGUGUCUCUGACCCGACUGCCUGUGGUCCAGUUGCACUGUGGGUAAUGUAGGCCCAUAUCUCUUAGAGACAGUGCUAAAUAUUACAGUAUAGUUCAAAAGUAAAUAUUAUGUCACUCUUCAGUCUUUCUAUCAUCCCUCUGUCAUCUCUGACAUGUCUUGACAUGAUUCAAAGCAAAAAAAAAAAAAAUUGGGUCGAGAUUUAGGUCUUUGUCUCUUUCAGACACCUCAAAGCACUACAGAACACAACACUCUAGAACCCACCAUUCUGGAACAAAACAUUCCAAAACACAACACUCUAGAACCCACCAAUCUGGAACCCACCAUUCCAGAACCCACCAUUCUGGAACUAAACAUUCCAAAACACAACAUUCUAGAACCCAACAUUCUGGAACGCACCAUUCAGGAGCCCAACAUUCCAAAACACAACAUUCUAGAACCCAACAUUCUGGAACGCACCAUUCAGGAACCCACCAUUCUAGAAUCCAACAUUCUGGAACCCACCAUUCAGGAACCCGACAUUCCAAAACACAACAUUCUAGAACCCAACAUCCUGGAACCCACCAUUCUGGAACUAAACAUUCCAAAACACAUCCUUCUAGAACCCACCAUUCCGUAA